UCUGGCCUACUUUGGGAUACUAGAUCUUUCCAGAGAUGAUGUUGAAGUUAAAAAUUUGUUUACAGAUGAAGAAUGGAAUGAAAUGAUCCAAGAUUUUAAAAGCAAUGCUAAUUUAAAUGAUUUGGAAGGCAAACAAGAGAGGCCUCUAUAUGAGCUGAUGGACAAAAUCGUCAAAGUAUUGAUGAAGAAACCUUCUGAUCUAAUUACCAGCAUUGAACUGAUGAGCAGACUAUAA